AUUCAUUCAUAGAAGUGAUAACUAAAAAAUAUUCACUAGUUUGAAUUCAAAAAAAAAAAUUAUACACAAAAAUUAAAAUAAAAAAUAUUAUAGUAAAUUAUUAAUUAAAAAUGGCAUUUAAAUUUAUUGCUGUUAUUGCAUUAGCUGCAUUCGUAAAUGCUGGACAUAUUGCUUAUGAACCUGCCUAUGAUCAUGGUCAUAUUCAUGGAGGACCAGUACAUUAUGUUGCUGCAGCACCAGUACAUAUCGUUAAACAUAUUGAUAAUCAUGAUGAUUUAAGUGUACCACAACCAUAUGAUUUUAAAUAUGGUGUACAUGAUAGUCAUACUGGUGAUGUUAAACAUCAAGAAGAAACAAGUGAUGGACAUGGUAAAGUACAUGGUUCAUAUAGUGUUAUUGAUCCAGAUGGUUUUAAACGUACCGUACAUUAUACUGCUGAUGAUCAUAAUGGAUUUAAUGCUGUUGUACAUCGUGAACCAAUUGGACAUAAAAUUGUAGCUGCUGCUCCAGUUCAUGUUGCACAUCAUGCACCCGAAGUACAUUAUGUUGCUGCUGCACCACAUCAUCAUGCACAUGGUUAUGAACAUGGUUAUCAUCAUUGAGAUUUUCUAAAAUUAUUUAAAUUAAAUUUUAUUUAAAAAGAAUUUUAAAUUA